UACGUCCCUGGUUGUUCCAGGGUUCAUCUGAGAGGAUUCAUUGAAAAGUAGUCUCUUUGUUUCUUUGUUCUCAGUUUCAGAUUGAAUUUUUAAUAUGUUUUAACGUGUACUUUGGUAUUUCUUGUUCAACGAAAUGAUCCAGGUCAAUGGACCUAAGGUUCCUGGGCUUUCAGGAGAUAAUCUGCGUGGCUGUAAAUGAUCCAUUUGUGAUGUCCGCUUGGGGAAACGCCAAGGGAGCGAGCGACAAGGUGAGAAUGCUGGCAGAUCCAAUGGGAUUGUACACCAGAGCCAUUGGAAUGGGUGUGGAAAUACCAGAACUAGGAGGAACUAGGAGCAGAAGGUACUCUAUGGCCACUGUGAACGGUGUUGUGAAAGAAUUGUUCAUAGAUGCGCCUAACGUGAAACUCAUGUGCCUGCAAACAGAUGGUGUCCCUACUUAUUGUACUUAA